AUGAAGGAUCUGUUUGUCCUGACACGAAAUGAGCUUAUAGCGCGACGACAACCUGGAAUUAAACCUGAUAAAUAUCCCGGUGAAAUGGAAGUUCGAAUAGACGUGGGCGGCCCGGAAUUGGUGAUCGUGGAGGACAUAUAUGAUAAAAAUAGUAACUCUCUGAAGCUCACCGCUGCGUUCCAUAUGCAAUAUACCAUGACGGAAGAUGUAGUGAUCAUAGACGCUGCCGUGAAAAAUCUGAUCGUCGUAGCCUGUCCAUACACCGAGACCAUUGGUGGCAAGUUCUCCAAAGAAAUCCUCUCUCGAACGGAACUGAACUACUAUUCCAAACAGCCAAUUAAUGGCUCUCUGCACGGCUCGUUGAACGUGGACACACUGUUAGUAAACAUUAAUCCUGGUACAAUUCAACUGCUCUCACAUAUUGCUUCUUCGAUGCAAACCGCUGGCGCCUCGACUCGUCCUCAAGAACCAGCCACAUCGUCUCCCGGGACUGAUUCUGUCGGAAAGACCUCAUCGGUUUUAUCUGAUCCGUUGGCCAAACGCAGGAGGUCUGGGAAGGAGGAAAGCUUUUGGGAUCCGGUUCCGUUGGAGGAUUUAAAUUUGCCUUAUCUGAAGGAGUAUGAUUCUUCCCACAGAGAGUCUGACGACGGUGCUACUCCGCCCGGAUGCGAUGUAUCCAAAGUACUGGAACAGAUGGAAGAGCGUCGUGUGGAUCGUAUCGUGCUUCGUCUACAAACCGUGCGAGUUGUCCUGGAGUCCCAAUUAGGAACCAAAUCCAUGCCCAUGUUGGUAUUGGAAUCGUCCAUGGAUGGCGAAGUGCUCAGUCCAAGUACAGCUCUGGAACUUAAAGUCACCCUGGACAUGUCGCUGUCCUAUUUCAACGAUGCUUUAAACCAGUGGGAACAGAUCCUGGAGACCUUGCCGGAUGAAGGAGACCGAAUGUGGUCUAUCCAGUUCGAGUUUUCCACAACAAAUCUUGAGGAUCUGUUGGCGGAAGAAGAUAUGGACGAGGUUGGUUGUCUUCAAACUUCCACCAACACGAUUUUACUCGUUUCACGAGACAAUUUGGAGAUCACUGUGUCCAAAUCCGCAUUGGAUAUGCUCAGCAAUUUAGGUCAGUCUUUUGAAGCUGCCUAUAAACGCGAAUUUAUUUCUUCCGACUAUGAACUCGGUGGACAGUCGGUUGCCCCGUAUCGUAUCCAAAAUCGAACCGGCUUGCCCUUGACACUGCGUUUGGAAAGUCCUGGACUCCAGAUUUUACAGUUAGGUGACAACAAAUUCACCUCUCGAUUGUCUAAGGUGUUCACCACCAAUGAUCGAAGGCUUGCGAACACGGAGGGCGCACCGGUUCCAAAUGAACAUCAUGUUUCUAUUGCUUCAAACGGUCCUAACAUUUUGGAUACGGAAUCGCCAUACCAUUUAUUGAAUCCUGGUGAAGAGAUUGGUUACAUCGAACCUGUUCGAUCAUCACAGAAAACUCUCACUUUGCGUACUCUGACCGAUCGUGCACCGAGAUAUGCUGUUCGUGUUGCUUGGUCUGAUUGGAACACGGCCCAGCCUUUAGCCACCCCGGAAGCCGUGUUACCUCUGAAUGCCGGGGGAAAUAGUCUGCUCCAGUUGCCCAGCCCGGCGCCUGUUUCGACUCCGAUUCUGCCUGACGGCGAAAAUAUCUCAUAUCCCCUGAUGGCCCAGGUGACCACGUAUCUGGGUAUGCGUGUGAUCACACUUCGGUCGACCAUUCGCGUAAGUCUCCUGGUUACUGUUCUUGAUUUAACUUGCUUUUUGUGA